AAGGGCGGAGGAGGUGGUGAUGGGGGUGGCACCGUGUGACUGUAAGGGUAAAGAAAAGAAGGAAGAGGAGAGAGAGAGACAGAGGGCGGGUUUCAGGUUCCACUCAAUUUCCUCGUUGUUAUGAUCUGACUUCCUUUCCUUGUUUGCAUUAAAAAGCUAGGAAGAGCUAGAGAGAGAGAGACUGUUGUGGUUGAGUCCUUGGAGGAGGUUCAGAGAGAGAGAGAGAGAGAGAGAGAGAGAGAGAGAGAGAGAGGUGCAGAGAUGGAGGAUCGGGAGGACGAGGACAAGUUCGAAGAGCAGCCGGAGGAGGAACAGCUAGGUUCAAGUCUCACCAUGGAGAGAGUGGCCGCAGCCAAGCAGUACAUAGAGAACCACUACCGUUCGCAGAUGAAGAACAUACAAGAGCGCAAACAGAGACGGUGGGUGUUAGAAAGGAAAUUAGCUUCUUCGGAUGUCUCGGAGGAGGAACAUAUCAAUUUAAUUAAGGAUUUAGAGCGGAAAGAAACUGAGUUUAUACGACUUAAACGGCACAAGAUUUGUGUUGACGACUUCGAGUUAUUAACCAUUAUUGGGAGAGGAGCUUUUGGAGAGGUCAGAUUAUGCAGGGAGAAGUCCUCUGGCAAUAUCUAUGCCAUGAAAAAAUUGAAGAAAUCAGAAAUGGUUAGCAGAGGCCAGGUUGAACAUGUCAGAGCUGAAAGGAAUCUUCUUGCAGAAGUUGCCAGUCACUGCAUUGUGAAACUCUAUUAUUCAUUUCAAGAUGCAGAGUACUUGUAUCUUAUUAUGGAAUAUCUGCCUGGUGGUGACAUGAUGACACUGUUGAUUAGAGAAGAUACCUUAACUGAAAGUGUGGCUAGAUUUUACAUUGCUCAAAGUGUUUUGGCCAUAGAGUCAAUUCAUAAACAUCACUACAUUCAUAGAGACAUUAAACCUGACAACCUUCUAUUGGACAAAAAGGGUCACAUGAAGCUCUCUGACUUUGGUCUUUGCAAGCCUCUUGACUGCAAUACAUUAUCUGCUCUAGAUGAAAAUGAACCAAUGGCUGAUGAAAAUCUGAGAGAAUCAAUGGAUGUUGAUGGAUGCUGCCCGGACGCAGAUGGUGGGAGCAGGUGGAAGAGCCCGCAUGAACAGCUUCAGCAUUGGCAGAGGAACAGGAGGAAGUUGGCAUUCUCCACUGUGGGCACGCCAGACUAUAUUGCCCCUGAAGUACUACUGAAGAAAGGCUAUGGCAUGGAGUGUGACUGGUGGUCACUGGGUGCAAUAAUGUACGAGAUGCUUGUUGGUUAUCCCCCAUUUUACGCUGAUGAUCCAAUGACCACAUGCAAAAAGAUUGUGCAUUGGAGAAAUCAAUUAAAAUUUCCAGAAGACGCAAGGUUGACCCCUGAGGCAAAGGAUCUUAUCUGUAGAUUGCUAUGUGAUGUUGAACAUAGGCUGGGUACUGGAGGGGCAGACCAAAUAAAAGCUCAUCCUUGGUUCAAAGAUGUUGUAUGGGACAGACUCUACGAAAUGGAAGCAGCUUUUAAACCAGAGAUCAACGGGGAGCUAGAUACUCAAAACUUCCUGAAGUUCGAUGAACUCAAUCCUCCAACUGCAACAAGAACUGGCUCUGGACACUCAAGGAAGAUGCUUUUAACUCCCAAAGAUUUGAGUUUUGUUGGCUACACAUACAAGAAUUUUGAAGCUGUCAAAGGGCUACACCAAUCUCUUGAUCCGAGGAGUACUUCACCGAGACGGAUGUCUGUCGAUUCUGCCUUAAGUGAUUCUGCAGUGGACUACUCUAUGAAAUCCGCAACUGAUGAAACAGAAACACACAUGCUUACAUCACGCGAUGGCAUGUCACCAUAAGAUUCCAUGAAUGUAAUCCAUCUUAUGACGCAUGAACCCCUCUGAUGUUGAUCAUUGAAAUGCCUGCUUAUUUUUAGUCAGGCCUUUGCAUGAAACUGCACUUCCACGUAUUUGCAGUGAGCCUAAGUGUACAGUGGUAUUUAAGGUACUUCAACAAAGCUCAGUGAUGGGCUGGUAGUGGUAGUAGCAGCAGUGCAUUAGCAUUGGUAGUACUUAACAGUGCAGAGUUUGUCCUGAGAAAUGAGAGCAUAUUAAUGUCAUGGCUGCCCAGGUUGGCUAAGUAAAACAUGCCUUCUCUUGUGGUAGUUUCUGGUUGGGUUUUAUAUCUAUUCCCUUUUUCUUCAAGAAAGAACAACUCUGACAUUCAAGAAGCUACAGCCAGUCCAGUAUAUUGAUGUUAAAGAGACCAUAACUGAUAUUUGUAUGUAUUGAGAUCUUUUGGACUUUAGACAGAAAAUCUAGUGGUUGUUUUAUUUCAA